GAGAAGGAAGAGGAGCGGUGGAGAAGAAAAGAUCGUGCAAAUUCAGUUGUGGCUAGGGCUGAGGUCCAAGGCAGGGAUCACUUGCCUUGGGCCUCAGUCUCCUUCUCUAAAGACCCAUGACUGCAAUGACUAAGGGAUUGAAGGGGCAACAAGGAUUAUUUUGCCCCACUGGAUUCCUUUGGUCCCACUCAUGGACAAGGAAAUAGUUGGCACAGGAGUCAGUAUCAAAGAAGAGCGCAGAGGUGUCAUAGAAGAGAUUUAUUUGGAAAUCAAAGAAGAACCGCUUGAUCAUGUAGAUGAAGCGAGGGAUGAAGUGAGCGAAGUGAAAGUGGAAAGUGAAUUCCUCGCCUUCAAUGAUCUUGAAGAUCCUAGAAAUGAAGCAAGUGAAAAAGACUUGUGUGAUACCAUUGAGGAUUGUAAUACCUUGAAGGCGCCAUAUGUGGUUGAGGAAAAUGAGAAAAAAGGCUCAUUAGCAGAGGAUCAGGCAAAGCAAGAGGAAAGUCAUGAAGAAGUUACGCACAGAAAAGUGAAUAAGAAAUUCAAAUUUAUUGUAUGUGAAGUGUGUGGCAAAACAAUCUAUAGAGAAAGAUAUAUAAAGAUUCAUAUGAGAGUACACACAAAAGAGAAGCCAUUCACCUGUGACAUUUGCAGCAAAAAUUUCACACAGAAAAGUAGUCUAGUGAAACACAUGAGAGUGCAUACAAAUAAGAGACCCUAUAACUGUGAGAUUUGCAAUAAAGACUUUGCAGAAAAAUAUGGCUUAGAGAGACACAAAAGAGUACAUACGAAGGAGAAGCCAUAUAUCUGUGAGAUUUGUAAUAGGGCCUUUGCACAGAAUAAUGAAAGAGUGAGACAUAUAAGACUUCAUACAAAAGAGAAGCCAUACAGCUGUCAAAUUUGCAAUAAGACCUUCACACGGAAUAGUAGCAGAGUGGAACACAUGAAAGUACAUACAAAGGAGAAACCAUAUGGCUGUAAUACAUGCAAGAAGGUCUUUGCUUUGAAAUCUACUCUAGUAAGGCACAUGAAAGUACAUACAAAGGAGAAGCUGUAACCUGUGGUUAACAAUAUAUAUAUUUUUUUAAUAUAUUUUAGCACAACACGAGAGAGUACAUGCAAAGGAGGAAUGUGCCUGAGGCUUCUCUAAAAGAUAUGUUUUUGGGCUUGUGCAUGCAAAGUAGAAGCCACAUAGGCAUUCUCUGAGUGAAAGAAUACUUUAGUGUAUGUAAAGGUCACAGGCCUAAGGUGUACAAGUUCUGUAUAUGUAACUUUACCCCGAGAAAAAAUGUUGCAGGAAACAUGAGACUUUUCAAUUAAGAAAUAAUGUAUGUACUUGGAAGACUUCCCUUUGACAUUAUUAAGGCAGAUGCAUCAUUGGUUUUGGAGCUUCUCUUUUGCAGAAUUGUGUUUUCUAUGAAAAUCUUAACGUAUAGUUUUAUCAAGAUAGAUCAAGUUAUAUGUGUUAUGACUUGUAUUUUAGUCUCCAUAGACAGCCGGUAAUGUUCAUAGCAUUUGGAAAGGCUUUUCCUCCUCUUCAGUGUAGCUAUUAACCCACUAGCGCUGGUAUAUUUUGAAGCCAAAAAUAAUAGUUUCUGGGCAGCUUCAAAAUCGGCGUGCGUGGCUGGCCUGGACUCUGCCAGCAAGGGAGUCACACCAGUGGGCCGCCCGGCAAUGUUUAUUUUCCCUGGUGUCUCAUCUGUGGGACACCCGCCGUAAGGGGCUUAACGUAGAGGUCAUUGGGAAGUUUAUACACAAAUGCUGUAACUUCAAUCAUGAUUUUGUUAUUACACUUACAGGAAGAAACUAUAUAUUUCAUAUGAAAUACGCUAUAAGAUUUUCUAUAAUAACAGGGACAUGAAUGUGGAUUCAAGAAAAGAAUUUGAAUAUGUACGACAAGCCACAUGCAUAAACACGCACACAAACAUAUGUGCAUCUAUGUAUCUAUUCAUCGGUUUAUAUGUAUUUAUCUCAUGAUAUCUAUGCAUUGUCACUCAUUCUUUUCUAAUGCUAAAAGUAAUCACUCGGAUGACUUUGUCUUGCUAAAGCAUUAAAAAGCAUGAAUGAAAAUAAACAUUUCUGUGCUACAAGAGUUGUA